UAUCCAAAGCAGUCCAACCCCGCCAACACAAUUACUAAUACUAUACAAGGCACACCCAACGGCCACAAAGUGCACAUUGCCUUUGAAGAGUUGGGUAUCAACUACAAUGUCCACAAAAUUGACAUCUCCAAGAACACUCAGAAAGAGGAAUGGUUCUUGAAGAUCUGUCGUAAGCCCACCCCUUCCGAGCCAAGCUCUCUAUUUGAUACUAACACAUCUCAGCCNAACGGCCGUAUUCCUGCCAUGGUUGACAAGACCUCAGGCAAGGACAAGCGUCUCUUCGAGGGUGGUGCCAUGCUACUCUACCUGACCGACAAGUACGACAAGGACAACAAAAUCAGCUUCGACCACGACAGUGAUGAGUACUGGGAGACCGUUGAGUGGAUCGUCUGGAUGCAAUCUGGUCUUGGACCCAUGCAGGGACAAGCAAACCACUUCUACAGAUACGCACCAGAGAAGAUUGAGUAUGGUAUCAAUCGCUACCAAACCGAGACCAAGCGCCUGUACCAAGUCUUGAACGACCGUCUCGCCGAACAGGAAAAGGCAGGCCAAGGUCUUUGGCUUGUUGGAAAUAAAUUCACCAUUGCAGAUAUUGCUUGCUUCUCCUGGGUCAACUGGGGUGCUUGGGCUGGUAUUGAGACCAAGCCGUUCCCCGAGAUCGAGAGAUGGCUGGAUGCAAUCAACGCGCGUCCUGCUGUGCAAAAGGGAGUCAACAUCCCGGACGAGUUUAAACUGAAGGAAAUCAUGAGCUCCAAGGAGAAGUCUGAGGAGCAUGCCAAGAAGGCAAGCGCUUGGGUCAUGAAGGGUCAGGAGGAGGAUCAGAAGAAGCAUGCC